AUGUCGGAGACUCCAGCACGCCAGAUCAUAGGACCGGAAGAGGCGACCGACCCCGGACAAUCUUCCUCAGCUCGCAAGGUUGCUUUCAAUCUCCCGGCACAACGAGUCUCGCCUGUUAGUCUUAUACCGGCCAAGCAACAAGUCUGGUUGGAGCAGCCAAAUAGCGAACUGGUUGGAGGUGACAAUUCCAGGGUCGACACAAACGGCGCAGGUCUAUCAACUGUCAAUGAGGAUACCAACAGCAAGGUCGCGGCAAAAGGCAGUAUCGCAGAUAUCGAGAAAACUGACACUGAGGAUCCUGGACCACCUCCAUCUCCACCUCGCGCCUCUGCCCUCGACCGCGGCCGUGGUGGCCUUCCUGCCGAUGGUAAAGCCUGGAGAAACUACCCUGCCAAUCGCAAAGGUGUCAAACUCCAUUGUUGGGCAAAUGGGAUCGACCACAACGCGAUCAACAUACUUGACAGUACCGAAUCUUUCCUCCUUGCAGAUGGCGAGAAGAAGAUUGAAGAGAAGAUCGAUACUCGUACUCCCAACACCACAAUCUUCACAUUCAACAAGGAAGACCACACCCUUGCCAACCUGCUUCGUGACAAACUCCUCAAGAACAGCCACGUCACCUUCGCUGCCUACCGCAUCCCUCAUCCCCUCUUUGCCAACUUCGAACUGCGAGUCCAGACGGACGGCGAGAUCACUCCGAAGGAAGCCGUGCUCGCCAGUUCCCGGGACUUGGUCCAGGACCUGAACAACCUCAAGACCAACUUCACCCGCGAAUAUGAGUUGAGGAAGAUGGUUGGAGGUGCACAGAAUGGACAGUGA